UCCAUUUGCUGCUGGGGGCUGAGUGAUUCGCAGCUCUACCGCCAGGGGAAGAACCCCUGCCUGCACCAGCAGCCUCAUUAGGAAAUCUGCAGCUCCACCAACCACAAGGACCAAGCAAACCCUUUCUGCAACUUCCAGCUGCGAAAUCCCGGCUCCCCCAGCCCAGCAGACCCCAGGCUGCAGCUCCCCCAGCACCGACUCGCCUACAUGAGGCUGAUGGGCACGCAAUAAAAUCCCAACCAGCCGGGCUCUGGCUAAGAAGACAAACCACCUCCUGCCACUGGUGAAGACGCGGCAGCCGGCGAGAGUGCUCAGCAUCGUGUUCUGCAGGACAUACCCUCCCGCUGAAAGUUUCGUGGCUCUCUAGAGGAUCAAUAGCCUGGACAUCCAGAGUCAGCACAGGCAGUGGCCGUUUCUCAUCGUGUCCUCCUGGAGGAAGGAAACUUACCAGAGCCUGGUUCUUGCCCCCUCUUUGAGUCAGUGAUCCAGGUCUUCAUCGCAGCCCAAGGCACCACGAGACAGAGUUUGUCAGUUCUCCCAGUCAGGGGAGGAGAGGCAACUCUGGCAGCAGGACUUUAAAAUCUGCCCAGCAUCUGGUUAAACAGAGCUACCACCACCGGGAGGUUGAGAGAGAACAGCCCGGCACCAUCUGAGCAGGUUCACUGCAAUCUCUCUCUCCCUCUGUGUCUCUCCCCCUCCCUUUCCCCAGCAUCAUUAUAUCACCGCUCUUAACAGAGAGAGUGAGCGCAGAGCUGAGAAGCCCCAGACUAUGGCUCAACCCGACUGAGGAAUUACGUGCUAAAAAGACUUUCUCAAUUUACUGGAAAGCUUAUUGUAAUCAUUGACAAUAGCCGGGCCAGGAGUACUCUCAGCAUCUAGACCCUGGGGAGGGGGGAAAUAGGAUUAUUGAAGGGGCAAAGAUGCCUUUCACUGGGUGGAUAGUAGGUUUUCUCCUCCUUUGUGAAGCUUCCUUUGGUCUCUACUUCCCUAGGAAAGAUUAUUCUGAGACUGUCUACAUUGAUCAACCAGCCGGUACGCCACUACUGCACAUCCGUGCCUUGAGGGAUUCACAUGGGGAGGUGGCCCACUUUCAGCUGUGCCAGCAUCUCUUUAUCUAUCGCGUUGGAGCCUAUGAAAAUCAUUGGUUUCAAAUCAAAGAAAAAACAGGGCUUCUCUACCUCAAUAAGAGUCUGGAUAGAGGAGACUUCGAUAUCCUGUUUGGAAGAAAUUGGGUGUCAUUACCAAAGGUGACAUUUCAUGUCUACCUUUCAUCCCAGCCCUUCCAAGGGAAGGAAUGUGAGACGCCCAUUUCUGCCCUGGUGCAUCUCUCCAUCCUCAAUGCCACUGUACCAGCUUGCAAUGCUUUGACAUCAAGGGAGCUUUGUUUCUCAGAAAUGGAUCUCUCCUUUCACAUCAAGGAGAAUAAACCACCUGGUACAUUUCAUCAGCUUCAGUUACCCCCAAUACAUCACCUGUGCCAGAAUGUCAGCAUUUCCUACAAAUUACUAGCAGGUAAAACUGGAGUUGAUGGGCUGCCUUUUCGCUACAAUGAGAACACCACAGGCGUGAGUGUUGUGCAGCGUUUGGAUCGGGAAGAAAGAGAGAGGUAUGAGCUGAUCGCCAAGUGUACAGUGAGAGAGGGCUCCAAGGAGAUGCAGGUCGAGGUGCCCUUCCUGGUCAAUGUGUUAGAUGAAGAUGACUCUGCCCCCUUCCUUCCCAAUGGCACUAGCACGACGGAUGCUGUUGUGGAAUUCAACAGAAAAGAGGGAACUGUCCUAGCCACACUGACUGUGUGUGAUGCAGACACCACACCUAUUUUCCCCAUUGAAAGCAGCAGAAAGAAGUACACAGGCACCAUCAGUACAACUGAUCCGUGGAUUAGCGAAACAUUUCGGGUGGAUCACAUCUUCCACGAGAUCUAUUUCAGCCCCAAUGGCAGCCAAGUGAGGGGAACGCUGCAUGAAUACAAACUGAUGCUGAAUAAAAAUAUUUCAGUCACAGAGAACCGUUCCUUCCAGUUGGAUGUUUUGGUGAAUGACACAGAGUUUCAUGGCCCUGAAAGAUCUGUGAUGCUCCACUUCAAUGUCUCCAUUCUUCCCGUCAGCAUUCAGUUCCCUAAUGUGACUUACCAGUUCGCGGUGAACAGAAAUGCUGAACGUUUUGCACAGAUAGGUAAAAUCUGCAUCGAAAACUGCAUGAAGUUCUGUGGAGUAAACAUCACCUACAGGUUGCUGUCUCCCAGUGCCAGCUGCUAUGCUGUAGGGAUACUUCAGGGCCGAGAGGACAAGUAUGGAAGCCUCUAUGUGAAUGACUCCUCUGUGCUACUCAGACCCGAAUGCAAAGAAAUUCAAUACACCAUUGUAGCCUCAGACAAGCAGAGUAAGAAGCAUGCCAAAACCCAGCUCACUAUUACGCUGGAAGGAACAGUUAUUAAGAAAGAAGAGGACUGUCCUGAAUCUUGCGCUGUUAAUAAGCACCGUGCUGAAUGUGAAGAGUGUGGUGGUGUAGGAGUGCUAACAGGAAAAUGCGAGUGGAGACAGGGAAGUGGAAAAGGAAUCACCACAAAUUAUUCUACCUGCACCCCAAGCAUCAGGACUUGUCCAGAUGGCACCUGUGAUGUUAUAGAGAGCAAAGAUCCAUCAGUGUGCCCCCAAGAUUGCACAAAUGGAAACAUCAUUGGUGGUCAUGAGAGAGGCGCUCAUGGAAUUAAAUCAGGACAUGGGAUUUGUUACUGCUUCCCAAGACAAAACUGUUACUGUGAGAAAGAUGAUAUUAAAGAGCCGCUGUGUGAUGACGUGUGCAAGACCGUGAUUGCAGGGGCAGUUCUGCUCUCCUUCAUUAUCUCAGUGCUGCUCUCUUCUUAUUUCAUCCACCGUUACCACAAGAAUUCUCCGAAACCACCGAUUGCCUCAGCAGAGAUGACCUUUCGGCGCCCAGCCCAGUCCUACCCCAUCAGUUACUCUUCUACAAAUGUCCGUCGGCCAUCUCUGGACUCUAUGGAGAACCAGGUGCCUGUCGACACCUUUAAAAUACCUGAGGACCCCAAAUGGGAAUUCCCCCGGAAGAACCUGGUUCUAGGCAAGACACUAGGAGAAGGAGAAUUUGGAAAGGUCGUCAAGGCAACAGCGUUCAGACUCAAGGGGAAAGCAGGCUAUACCACGGUGGCAGUGAAAAUGCUAAAAGAAAACGCUUCCCAGAGUGAGCUGCGAGAUCUGCUCUCAGAGUUCAACCUCUUGAAACAGGUCAACCACCCUCAUGUCAUCAAACUGUAUGGAGCAUGCAGUCAGGAUGGACCUUUGUAUUUAAUUGUGGAAUAUGCGAAGUAUGGUUCCUUGCGCAGUUUUCUCAGGGAAAGUCGGAAAGUAGGACCUAGCUAUGUGGGCAGUGAUGCCAACAGAAAUUCAAGCUACUUGGACAACCCAGAUGAGAGAGCCUUAACAAUGGGAGAUCUGAUCUCAUUUGCAUGGCAGAUAUCUCGGGGGAUGCAGUACCUGGCAGAAAUGAAGCUUGUUCAUCGUGAUUUAGCAGCCAGAAAUGUAUUGGUGGCAGAAGGACGCAAAAUGAAGAUUUCUGAUUUUGGCUUGUCCCGAGAUGUUUAUGAAGAAGAUUCCUAUGUCAAGAGAAGCAAGGGUCGAAUACCUGUUAAAUGGAUGGCAAUCGAAUCCCUAUUUGAUCAUAUCUAUACAACACAAAGUGAUGUCUGGUCAUUUGGAGUUCUGCUGUGGGAGAUUGUAACCCUGGGAGGUAACCCUUAUCCUGGAAUUGCUCCUGAAAGACUCUUUAACCUCCUGAAAACCGGCUAUAGAAUGGAGAGACCUGAAAACUGCAGUGAAGAAAUGUAUAACUUGAUGCUGCGAUGCUGGAAACAGGAACCAGAUAAGAGGCCAACCUUUGCUGACAUCAGCAAAGAACUGGAGAAAAUGAUGGUGAAGAGUAGGGACUACUUAGAUCUUGCAGCUUCCACACCUGCUGACUCCUUACUUUAUGAUGACGGGCUCUCAGAAGAGGAGACACCACUCGUGGACUGUAAUAAUGCUCCCCUCCCUCGAACCCUUCCCUCCACAUGGAUUGAAAACAAACUCUAUGGUAGAAUUUCACAUGCAUUUACUAGAUUCUAGCAACACACACAAAAAGUGAAUUUUUUCUUCUGCACUAUCUUCAGACUCUGUAACCCCAUUAGAGUGUUUCUUGUGUGAAUGAAGCCAAUCAAAAUUUGCUUGGAAAGCUUUUUUUAUUUGUAAAUGUCAAACUUUGCAUCAGGAUUAUACUUUAGGCGUCUUGCAGCUGUGUUUAAAAAAAAGAUUAAAAAAGGAUGUGAAAAUAAGUAAAAUCACCAUAUAUAUCUAUAUCUAUAUAUCAUAUGAUAAAGAGAAAUAAAUAGAUCAGGGAAGUACUCUCAGGGGAAAUUUUAAAAGGCUAAGAACUGAAUAUCCGAUUAAAAUAGUCUUUUGUGUUGGGGGGUGGAGUUGGGAAAUAUGUUAGAUUCUACAUCUCUAAUUUAAGUAAUAGAUUUAAAAAAAACAUUUGCUAAACAUUUUUGCGGGGGGGCUCAGUUGAAUAGUGAGGCCCAAUUUGUUACAGUUUUAUGUUUAUCCAGACGGAUUUCUGAAUCUCCGCUGCUGCUUGGGCAGAAAAUUCUGCUUAACAUGACAUGGGAUGGGAUCAGGUUACAAUUUACAGAAGACGGGAGACUGAGGGCAUCUAUACAGUCUUUUGGAAAUUGAAUUGGUGAUAGCCACUGUAAAAAUACUUUUAACUGUUUUCACAUCCUUUGGUUUAUCAUGCAAAUGUCAGCACUAAGCCCUGAUUGAAUGAUGUAGCAAGUGUUUUGAAAAGGAACAUGUGCUUUCAUAUUGUGGUGGUGAGAUGGACAGUAAAAAUGGUUCUUGCCAAAACUCCUAUAUUUUGUUUCCUGAUUAAAUAUUCUACAUGUUUUUGGCUGUUUACUAACUUCAAAGAUAAUUUUUUUUUCAUUCUUCAAGCAGUAAAACUUUUUUAAAACCUGAAGCUUUUCCAUUACUCUCUGUAUUUGUAAUUAGUAAAUAUCUUUGGGUCUUUUUUCCCUCUGCUCACCAGACAUGACUUUCAAAACUAGGUGCCCAAGGUUAGGUUCCUUAAUACAUAUUUGAGAUUUUAAAUAAGUGGUCAGCUUUUCAAAAGGUUCCAAUUCAACAGUUCCCAAUGAAGUUCCCAUUGCUGAAUGCUUUUGAAAAUCUCGGCACUUAUUUAGGUGCCAAAAUAGGCAACAAAAUUAAGCUUCUAUUUUUGAAAAUGUUGGCCUUGGUAUGUUUUUGCAUAUAGUGCUGGAUCUGCAAGAUGCUGAGCACUCUGGGCCCAGUCCAGCAAAAUAUGUAAGCAUGACCUUAACUCUACAUUUAUGAGUAGCACACUGAUGUCAGUAGGACUACUUAUAUGCUUAACUUUAAACCUGUAUUUAAAUAUAUAGCUGGAUCAGAGCCAGAGUGCUCAGAACCUUGCAGCCCAUUGUACUACUGGGAGAUCGUGAUGGGUGAUAUGAGUCUCAUCCUAAACCUAUUGAAGCCAAUGGAAAGACACCCAUUAAUGUCAAAGGAAAUACUUUCAUUGACUAGAAUGGAGAUUGGGUCCUGCCUUAAAUGGGCGUAUUACUGCUUGGAGCAUUGUUUGUACAGCAAGAACUUCCAGUGGCAAUAAAUUCUCUGGCAAAGCAAUUUGUAAUCAUGUUGUCAUGAAACUAUAAAAUUGCAAAAAGUUGGAGGCUAUCAGAAGAAAAAUUAACAACUUUUAUUGGAUUAUAUGAGAUACAUACUUUUUUUUAUCAAGACAGCACUUUAUUUGUUCAGGGUGUUUGCCUUCAGCAGAAUUUGUGCUUUGGGGCUUUGAAACACAAUUUAUAUCAAUUGAUUGGGGACAAAAACCAGUGGUCUGGCUUAAAGUAUUGAACGGAGUUUUGCCAAGGGCCUUACUGUCUGCACAUGAAGUUAUGGUUCUUCAGUGCAGAAAAAAUUAUCUGUUUUCAUUUUUAGGCAUGUCAUACCCGAACUGGCCUGAGGAGAGCCCCGUUCCACUCACAAGAUUCGAUGGCACUAACUCUGUGUUUUCAAGAUAUGCAAAUGAUAGUGUAUAUGCUAACUGGAUGGUUUCACCCUCAGCGGCAAAAUUUAUGGACAAGUUUGAUAGUUAAAAAUUUCUUUGUGAAAGGUAAUGGACCCAUGAGGGGAGCAAACAUGCAAAGAAUGGAAAGUCCAUUGGCUCGUUCUUUGUACAAUUAAAACUGGUUAAACCAACGUUAAUUUCUCAAAUGGCAAACUCUUUUUUGGUAGUUUCUCGAGUGGUUUUACGCAUGAUCAAGACUAUAAUUGAUUAUUUCCCCUUUCAGGAAACAUAUCAAAGUGGAUAAAAGUUGUGGUUCCAGUACUUAUUUUUUAGUCCACCAUUCUGCACAUAGUCCAAUUUGGUAACUGUUUAUUGCAAAUGGCUGUGCACUUCAUGCUUACAAUUUUUUAGGUCAACUGUCCUGCAUUACAGCUUUCUUGGGUGGGAAAAUGUUGUUGUACUUGAACUGCUACUUUUCUGGUUAUUAACAAAAGGCCACUUGAUCUAAGCAUGAAGCACAAACAGUAUAUGUCGGGGGAAAAAACAUUUGGCUCAAAAUAACUGAGCUUACUAUAGAAUCCAAAGUGUUACCAUGAUGUUGGCACUAAUGAAGCCUAUAUUUUGGUUUCGAAGCAAACAUUAAGUAACUCAGUAGGGAACUUGAGAUUCAACAUUUGAAGUCUUGAAAAGCUGUAAAAAUGUCUUGUCUUGUCUUAAUGAGAAAAGAGUUUGUUUUAUUAUGUUUAAACUAUUCUUACCUUUAGCACAAUGGAGAUAAAUUUGAUACCAGAUAUGCUAUAUAGACUGAUGUCAAUCAAGAGCGCUCACCUGGCACAACUUAUUUUCCAUCACAUCCAUUUUACUCAUGUUACAAUGUCUGUUGUACAAUCAUAAUUCUGUUUGAGUUCAGUGUAGACUGUACAGGAUAUUUUGAACUAAAUUAAAGCAAAGAGAUUUUGUUUGCAGUCAUGUUCAAUGAGUUGGAGUCUUCCUCUAAGUUCAAAAUCUGAUUCUACAGUCCAAUACACUGCUAACAUAGGAUAUCACAUUGACACCAUUCCAAAUAAAUCUUCUGUCUUGCAAGUCACAAGUAGACAAUUCUUUUCCUUAGCAUAGCUUAUCUGAUGCUUUUAUCAUUAGUUAGUUAAUUAUUCCCUACAAGCAAGAAAAAAAUCACCUGAUUUUGUUAAGGGUAAAUUUAAUUCAAAUGAUGUGCAACAGUAUUGACAUGGUAUUUAGGAGAACGAUCUGACUCUUAUAGAGCUUAUAUGGAAGGGGAUAAAUAGGUUGGCAGUACUUUUCUGUCUUUUAUUUGUAAUUUAAUAUUGUUGAAGAGAAUAUUUUUUGUGUUCUAAAAAUGUUGGACCAUAAACCCAGACUAACAUGUUGUUACAUGUGUAAUGGCUAUUCUUAAAUAAUCCAAUUCUACCAAAGCUUGUUCCUGUCUCUUAAAUUCCAGUUUAGCUGUCUUCAUGUGUUUGUUUUGUGUGUCAGCACAAUGUGUUUCCAUUAAAGUCUGUGAUUUCAGAAGUAAAUGAGUCAGAUUGCCAAAAACUUAACACAGGUCUUCAUACAUACAACGGAAGUACAGAUGUAAAGCACUGUGUUAGUAUUUAAACACUAUUUUAUAAAGGAAUAUUGUAUUUUAUUAUAACUUGUUUUCAGACGAGCAGUAGCAGUGUGAAUUUUUCUUUGUGUAAGCUAACUACUGCACUCGGUACUCUGUGCACAGCAUAAAGAUACAGACAUGCAUAGGAAGAGAGGAUGUAAUGAGUUUAGUUGUGAUACAACAGUGGCCUCUCAAAUGAUUCUGGAGGUGUGGCACAGCCCUGAAUACACUGUAACAAUGCACGUCAAAUAAGCAUAAAAUAAAUGAAAUGGAAAAUUAAA